GUGGGGCAAGGCAGAGGUGGUUUUAAUAAAGCGAUGUAGCUACCAGUUGGUAUUGGUCAGUCUGACUGUGAGGCCAGCAUGAAACACAUCUGCACGGUUGUGCUACUACUAACGACUGCUGUCUGCGGACAGCGUCGGUUUGCGGACGACUUCAAGUUUGGCGUUGGUACCUCUUCCUACCAGAUCGAGGGUGCCUGGAACGAGGAUGGCAAGGGUGAAUCGAUUUGGGACCGGCUAACGCACGAAAGUCCCGAGAAGAUUCUCGAUCAAAGCAAUGGAGACAUCGCUGCAGAUAGUUAUCACUUGUAUAAGCGUGAUGUGGAGAUGGUGAAGGAACUUGGCGUGGAUAUCUAUCGGUUCUCGAUCGCCUGGACCCGCAUCAUGCCGACCGGCAUUGCGAACGAGAUCAACGAGCACGGCAUUGCCUACUACAACAACCUGAUUGAUGAGCUGCUCAGCCAUGGCAUCACGCCCAUGGUGACGCUCUAUCAUUGGGAUCUACCUCAGCGGCUGCAGGAGAUGGGCGGCUGGACGAAUGAGCUGAUCGUGGAUCACUUUACGGAGUAUGCGCGUGUUAUGUUCGAGCGGUACGGCGAUCGUGUCAAAACGUGGACCACCUUCAACGAGCCGUGGCAGACGUGCGAAAAUUCCUACAGCAACGAUGCGAUGUCACCGGGAUACAACUUCCCCGGCAUUCCGGCCUACCACUGUGCGCACAAUCUGCUGAAGGCGCACGCCGAAGCGGUACAUCUGUACCGGAAUGUGUUCCAACCGGUGCAGCAGGGUAUGAUUGGUAUUACGCUCGAUUCGAGCUGGUCCGAACCGGCCACGGAUGCGGAGGAAGAUGUCCGCGCGGCUGAGCGUUCGCUACGUUUCAAUCUUGGAUGGUUCGCCAACCCAAUCUUCUCGGAAGCCGGUGACUACCGGCAGGAGAUGCGCGAAACCAUUGCCAACCUGAGCGCGGCACAGGGUUUUCCGACGUCUCGAUUGCCUGCCUUCACGCCGGAAGAGAUCGUGCGCAUCCGCGGCACAUCGGACUACUUCGGCCUCAACACGUACGGUAGCUCGAUGGUGAAAGCGAACGAUGGUGUGUACGAUCCGGCUGAUACGCCUUCGCACGGGCACGACACGAACGUGAUUGGGUUCCGCGAUCCGAGCUGGCCGACGGCAGCCUCUCCGUGGUUAAACAUCGUCCCGUGGGGAAUGCGCAAGCUGCUCAACUGGAUCCGGAUGGAGUACAACAACCCGCCGCUGUGGAUCACGGAGAACGGGGUGAGUGAUUUCGGUGGCACGAUGGACGAUAUGCGCAUCGACUAUCUCAACACCUAUCUGGACGCGGUGCUGGAUGCGAUCGACGAUGGGUGCGAUGUGCGGGGCUAUAUCGCCUGGUCGCUGAUGGAUAACUACGAAUGGCGGGCGGGAUAUGUUGAAAAGUUUGGCUUUUACUACGUUGAUUUCGAAAGCCCAGAACGUACGCGGUAUGCGAAGGCAUCGUCCAAGGUGCUGACGAAUAUUGUGAGGACGCGCCAGAUCGAUUACGAUUAUCGUCCCCAGCCGGACGUUUUCAUUCCUCCCCCGACGCAGGGAAAGCUGUAAGAAGUGAUUAGGAACGUGUGCUGAGUUGUUUGGAAUAAAGGAAAUGAUUGAUUGUGUAUUAUAA